AGUGCAACACAGCCUGACUGGAUGAGUAGCAACAGCAGCAACAGCAAUAGCACUAGCAGCAUCUCCUUUGUGGCUUGCUGGGGGGCUCGGUCACUAGAGCACCGCGCUCCCGCUCACAGACACACAGGUGCUCCCAGUGCCACCGUCACACACACGUAGUGGCAGUGGCAGUCGUCGUCAGAGCCGGGGCUGGGGCAGGGACAGGGACCGCUACCUUGACGACUGGAGCUACGGUGACAGCAGCUGCGGCACCAUGGCGCAAGCCGCCAAGCAGCUCCGCAAGAACAAGGACCUAGCGGAGCUCGCCGCUCAGGAGCUGAAGGAUAAGGAGGAGGAGAAGAACAAGAAGAGGAAUCGAUCGAGGGACCGCAGACGCAAGGCUCAUGUGGUUCAGCGCCGGCUUGGCCAUCAGGACAGUAGUGUGAGCUCUGAGAGGUCGACCAGUCGAGCCCGGGGAAUAUGGUACUAUGACUACAGAGCGGAUGCUGUCACCAGUUUCCUCCGUGCGGCCCGUUCAGGGAACCUUGACAAGGCUCUUGAACACAUCAAGAAUGGAAUAGACAUCAACACAUCAAAUCAGAAUGGGCUCAAUGGUUUGCAUCUGGCCUCGAAAGAAGGCCACGUCAAGAUGGUCCUGGGGCUACUACACGCAGGCAUUGUCUUGGAGACCACCACUAAGAAAGGGAACACUGCCCUCCAUAUCGCUGCGUUGGCAGGCCAGGAGAAAGUGGUGGCUGAGCUCGUCAACUAUGGAGCCAACGUCAAUUCCCAGUCCCAGAAAGGCUUCAGUCCCCUCUACAUGGCUGCACAAGAGAACCACUUAGAGGUAGUUAAGUUCCUGUUAGAGAAUGGAGCCAAUCAGAGCCUUCCAACAGAGGAUGGGUUCACGCCGCUGGCGGUGGCUCUCCAGCAGGGUCAUGAGAACGUGGUGGCUCUGCUCAUCAACUACGGCACCAAGGGCAAGGUCCGUCUUCCCGCUUUGCACAUCGCUGCACGCAACGACGACACACGCACUGCCGCAGUGCUGUUGCAGAAUGACCCUAACCCCGAUGUCCUCAGCAAGACUGGCUUCACUCCUCUCCACAUCGCGGCUCACUAUGAGAACCUGAGUGUCGCCCAACUGCUAAUUAACAGAGGAGCCAAUGUCAACUAUACUCCCAAGAAUGGUAUCACCCCCCUGCACAUAGCUUCUAGGAGGGGUAAUGCGAUCAUGGUUCGGCUUUUGCUGGACAGAGGGGCCCAGAUAGACGCCAUGACCAAGGAUGAGCUGACCCCUUUGCACUGUGCGGCCAGGAACGGUCACGUGAGGAUCAUCGAUCUCCUGCUGGACCAGGGGGCUCCCAUCCAGGCCAAGACCAAGAAUGGCCUGUCCCCCAUCCACAUGGCGGCCCAGGGAGACCACAUGGACUGUGUGAGGCAGCUCCUUCAGUACAACGCUGAGAUCGAUGACAUCACGCUGGACCACCUGACCCCUCUACACGUGGCGGCCCACUGUGGUCACCACCGCAUGGCCAAAGUGCUGCUGGACAAGGGGGCCAAGGCCAACGCACGUGCACUGAAUGGGUUCACUCCCCUCCACAUUGCCUGUAAGAAGAACCACAUGCGCUCCAUGGACCUGCUUCUGAAACACUCGGCCUCCCUGGAGGCCGUCACAGAGUCUGGUCUGACCCCCCUGCAUGUAGCAGCCUUCAUGGGCCACCUGAACAUUGUGAAGAACCUGCUCCACAGAGGUGCUUCUCCCAAUGCCUCCAAUGUGAAAGUGGAGACGCCCCUCCAUAUGGCGUCCAGGGCAGGCCACUGUGAGGUGGCUCAGUUCCUGCUGCAGAACACAGCCCAGGUGGACGCCAAGGCUAAGGAUGACCAGACCCCUCUGCACUGUGCGGCCCGUAUGGGACAUAAGGAGCUGGUCAAGCUGCUCCUGGAGCACAAGGCCAAUCCUGACUCGGCCACCACCGCUGGCCACACCCCCUUACACAUCGCUGCCCGUGAGGGACACGCCCACACCACCCGCAUUCUCCUGGACGGGGCGGCCCAACAAACCAAGAUGACAAAGCAGAAAGGCUUCACUCCUCUCCAUGUGGCCUGUAAGUAUGGCAAAGUGGACGUGGUCGAGCUGCUGCUGGAGAGAGGAGCCAACCCCAACGCGGCUGGGAAGCAGAACGGCCUGACUCCUCUACACGUGGCCGUCCAUCACAACAACCUGGACGUGGUCAAGCUGCUGGUCAGCAAGGGAGGCAACGCACACAGCACUGCCCGGAACGGCUACACUCCUCUGCACAUUGCAGCCAAGCAGAACCAGAUGGAGGCGGCCGGCUGCCUGCUGCAGUAUGGGGCCUCUGCCAACGCUGAGUCCCUCCAGGGGGUCACACCCCUCCACCUGGCCUCACAGGAGGGACAGCCAGACAUGGUGGCCUUGCUCAUCUCCAAACAGGCCAAUGUCAACCUGGGGAACAAGAAUGGACUGACCCCUCUGCACCUGGUGGCCCAGGAAGGUCACGUAGGGAUAGCAGACACCCUGGUCAAAGAGGGGGCAUCAGUCUACGCAGCCUCACGGAUGGGCUACACAGCGCUUCAUGUGGCCUGUCACUAUGGCAACAUCAAGAUGGUGAAGUUCCUCCUGCAGCAGCAGGCUCAUGUGAACAGCAAGACCAGAGUGGGCUACACUCCCCUGCACCAGGCCGCCCAGCAGGGUCAUACUGACAUAGUCACCCUGCUGCUCAAACACGGAGCCCAGCCCAACGAGAUCACCACCAAUGGGACCUCUCCUCUGGGCAUUGCCAAACGACUUGGUUACAUCUCUGUCAUUGAUGUGCUGAAGUUGGUCACCGAGGAGGCCGUUUCCGUGAUCACCACAGAGAAACAUCGGAUGAGUUUCCCGGAGACAGUAGAUGAGAUAUUGGAUGUUUCAGAGGAUGAGGGCGUUGCAGCGCUAACGUUAGGUGAUGAGUUGCUGGGGAUGGAUGGUGCUCGCUACCUGAAGCUUGACGACCUCAAGGACCAGGAUGAUGAUUUCCUGUCCCCUAAGAAGACCCUCAGAGACUUUGAGGGCGGCCUGGGCACCACGCCCUACUCUCCUGCUAUUCCCAGAAUCCCAUGUGUGUCCCCUGAAACUGUCCUGCUUGAGGGGCACACCCCUGUCCCCUUGCCUAAGGAGUAUGAUGAGGACUCUCUGAUCCCCAGCAGUCCUGCUACAGAGACCUCCGACAAUGUUAGCCCAGUGGCCAGCCCCAUACACACAGGGUUCCUGGUCAGUUUCAUGGUGGAUGCCCGAGGGGGCUCCAUGCGUGGCAGCAGACACCACGGGCUGCGUGUCAUCAUCCCCCCUCGGACCUGUGCUGCCCCCACCCGCAUCACCUGUCGUCUGGUCAAACCCCUGAAACUCAACACCCCACCCCCGCUGGUAGAGGGAGAGGGCCUGGCCAGCCGUAUCAUCUCCCUGGGGCCCUCCAGUAUGCAGUUCCUAGGGCCAGUGAUAGUGGAGAUUCCCCACUUCGCUUCUCUGGGUCGAGGGGACCGGGAGCUGGUUGUUCUGCGCAGUGAGAACGGCUCUGUCUGGAAGGAGCAUCGCAAUCGCUAUGGCGACGAGGUGCUCGAGACCAUUUUGAAUGGCAUGGAUGAAGACCUGGAGAGUCACGAGGACUUGGAGAAGAAGAGAAUCCGCCGCAUCAUCUCCACGGACUUCCCCCUCUACUUCGCUGUGGUGUCCCGCGUCCAGCAGGAGAGCGACCUGAUUGGCCCAGAGGGCGGUCAGCUGGCCAGCAUGCUGGUCCCUCAUGUCCAAGCCAUCUUCCCUGAGACAGCGGUCACCAAGAAAGUUCGACUGGGGCUGCAGGCUCAGCCUAUCCCAGACGAGCUUCUGACUCGACAGCUUGGUAACCAAGCGACCUUCAGCCCAGUGGUCACGGUCGAGCCACGACGACGCAAGUUCCACCGGCCAAUAGGAUUACGCAUCCCGCUGCCCCCAUCUUGGAGGGAGAGUCCACGUGACGCUGGGGAGGGGGACACCACCAGCCUGCGCCUCCUCUGCAGUGUCAUUGGUGGAACAUCACCUGCCCAGUGGGAGGACAUCACUGGCACCACCAAGCUGAUGUACACCAACAACUGCGCCAACUUCACCACCAACGUCUCUGCAAGGUUCUGGCUGGCAGACUGCCCGCGCACAGCCGAGGUGGUGACCUUCGCCAACCUGCUGUACCGGGAGCUGAUGGCCGUGCCCUACAUGGCCAAGUUUGUAAUAUUUGCCAAAAUGAAUGAGGCGCGCGAGGGCCGCCUACGCUGCUACUGCAUGACCGACGACAAGAUGGACAAAACCCUGGAGCUGCACGAGAACUUCAGCGAGGUGGCCCGGAGCAGGGAUAUAGAGGUGAUGGAGGGCAUGCCGCUGCACCUGGAGUGCUCUGGGAACCUGGUGCCUGUGAGGAAGGCCACUCAGCAGCCACGCAGCUUCAGCUUCCAAGCCUUCAGAGAUAACAGACUGCCCGUCUCUGUCAAGGUCAGAGACAGCAAUAAGGAAGCCUCUGGGUUCCUUUCUUUCCUGCGCAAGUCUACCAAGUAUGAGGAAGCACAGCACGUGCUGUGUAACCUCAACAUCACCAUGCCACCCUGUGUCAAGGUUGUUGGGAGUGAGGAACGGAGGCGAACUCUGACCCCGUUGGCCCUGAGGGAGCGCUACAACGCACUGAAUGAGCCCGGUCUGGCUACAGUGAAUGCCAUGGAGAGGACCGAGCUCAAGAUCUCCCUAAUAUCUGAACAGCUGGGAUUGAGCUGGGCAGAGUUGGCAAGGGAGCUGCAUUUUGGUGUGGAUGACAUUAACAAAAUCAGGGUGGAGAAUCCUAACUCCCUCCUGGACCAGAGUUCAGCCCUACUCAACCUGUGGGCUGGCCGGGAGGGCAAGAGGGCCAAGAUGGAGAGUAUAUAUGUAGCUUUGAAGAACAUUGACCGUUCAGACAUUGUGAGUUCCGUGGAGGGCCAGCCACAGGCAGGGGCUGGGGCCUCAGAGGAGGGGGCCUGCAGACUGGUUGACCACGACUCCACCCUGCUCUCCCCCAGUGUUAUCAAUGGUUACGGACUUGUGCAGGAAGAGCUGCUCUCCCCGGCCUCCAUGCAGUACAGUCUGCCCUCUCCACUGGGAGCUGAGCCCUACUGGCAGGAGGUCUCCAGCCUGGAGUGUGCACCCAUCGCCACCACCGAAGAAGACACCCUGAUGGAGAUGUCAGACGUGCAGGUGUGGCCCUCGGGGGUCAGCCCCUCCCUUGUCACAGUGGAGGACUCAUCCCUGGAUGGCAGCAGCCGGGCUGACGACUCAGAGGGGGCCACCCUGUCCCUGCCCUGCAGCCUGGGCCGCCCCAGCAGUGGGGCCAGUGGCUCCAUCAUGGAGCUGGAGGAGGAGGAAGAGGAGGAGGAGGAAGGGGAAGUAGAGGAGGAGGAGGAGGCGCGGCAGGAGCUGGCGGACAGGGACAGGGUGAGGGCCAGCGGCGCCGUGCCAAAGGUCAACCUGAAUGGCCAGCUGGGAGGUCAAAGGUCGGAGGGCAGGAAGGUGGAGGUAGCAGCAUCAGUGGCGGGCAGCAGUAUGACUGGAGGAGGAGCGAGGGGAGGAGGAGGACUAAGACAGAGUUCAGAGGAAGGGCUUUCUGUUGUUGCAGGGCAGCAGGUUUAUGCCCAGCUGUGUGAGAUGUCAGGACUGAGCCGAGCAAUGGAGCACAAUGGAGACAACAGGGUGGUUGGGGGGGGUGCGUUCCAGCCGUACCUCCCCAACAAGGACUCCCUGCGCGGCUGGGCAGGGUCGCAGGCGCCCAGGCUGCCCCGGCAGAGUGUGGAGACGCUGAUGAUGUCACCAAGGUCUCGUGUACCCCAAGAGGCUCUGCUGACACCGGUGUGUGACAUGGGGGCAGUCGGAGGUGCUGUGCAGGCACCUGUUUGGGACACAGCCCUUCGACAAGGUGUUGGGCUUCUCACACCAAGAGGCAGGGCUCCUGGUUGUCAUGCCGACCGACCACCUGCCACUUCCUGUGCCUGGAGGAGGGACUUCCUGUCCAUGCCUGCGAUAGAUAGGACAAUCUUUUAAUUUGGUUUCAAUCAUAAAUAUUCCAACAAUCAAAACCCAAAUGUUGACGUUAUGUCACGUCAUUAUCUGAAAUUGGCUUAAUGGGGCAAAGUUGUGUUGUGUGGUUUGUAAACCUGUGUACUAAUGUCAUGUGGUUAUUUUAUGUGUUAUAUCCUGAUGUUUUGACACAGAUUGAUGCCGAUAAAGAGGACUAUGCUGUUGAGUUCCUGGCUGAGGAGCAGUUGGUGGACGAACAUGGAAACGUUGUCACUAGGAA